AUGUCUCAACAUCCAUCGUCAUCUGGUUCCAAAUCCUCCCAACAUGCAAAGACUUCAUCCAUGGAGUUUGUAGAUGAAGACAUAAUGGACGUCACUCCUCUGUGCAUGAUAUCGGGCGACACCACAGGUACCUCCUCCAAUGCUAGAGAUAAGCAAGGUAAUACCUCUGGUAACUCCUCUCUUCCUAAAAACAUGUAUUACACUGAUCGCGCUAUAAGGAGACUGGUUACUAGAAUACUGAGUGAAGGACAUAAAGUUGAAGGGGUCUCUACCCCUCUGUCCAGAAGGGAACCCUCUCCUGAGAGAGAAUCCCAUGAUGAUAAAGAUGAUGAUUCAUCUAGAUCAGAAAAAGAGGUGGCUGCUGAAGGGCUUUGCUCUCUAGGUAAAACCUUACCUAGCAAGAAACAAAAUGUGCCUCAAGAAAAUAUUAUUGAUCUGGAGGAAGAAAGCACUGAAGGAGAAAAUGAUCCUUUGGUUCAUCUGGUUAAACCUAGCAUAGCUGAGAAACUGAGAACUAAGAAAGGAAAAAGUAUGGCUAAAAUGAGAGCUGCUAGAGUGAAAAAGACUGCAGGAGUAGGACCCUCAAAACCCUGGAGCAAGGUUGAGGUUGGAAAAAGAAAAGAAAGACACAACUCUGAUUCUGAGGAGGAUGUUAAAGACGAUAGAAGAGUAGCCAUUGAAAGAGAACUUGGACAAGAAGCUGUAGAGGUAAAGGAGGUUAUUAAGCUGAUCAAAAAUGCUGGACUCAUGAAGACUGUGGUAACUCUACCCCAAUGCUAUGAGGGGCUGGUUAAAGAGUUUAUUGUUAAUAUCCCUGAGGAUAUUCAUGACAAGAACAGCAGGGAGUUUUGCAAGACCUGCAAAGAAUUGGACAAUGGUAUAAGGGUGUCCAAGGCCAGAAAAGAAGCUUUAGAAGUUCUCAUCUACAGCCUGGAAAGGGAAGACACAGAAAAGGCUGAUAAGGAUUCAAAUGCAAGACCUAAAACCCAAUCCAGUGGCAGCUCUGGAAGCUUGGAAGACUCUGAAGGUGCAGGUGAAGACACAAGUGAAGGUGAAGAUGAUUCUUCUUCUUCUGAUUAA